CUGUUUUGUCCAUGUGCCUUCACCCAUUGUUCCACAUCCUUCGUAUACUAUAGCUAGUAGGCUACUUCAUGCUAUUCAAGAAAUAGACUGAACUGGAUUAGCGUUAUUAAGGUUUUCACGUGAUGCAGUCGGUUUGGCUGGUGAUCUCUGACUAGUAACUUCAUCUAUGUGCGACAUGAUAAUUUUCUACACUUUCCUGCAACUGCUAUUACCAUUUACAGAUGGACAGCGAGAUUUACAACAGCUUGGUCAUCUUUUGGUCGAAAAGGGAGGCCUGAUCUCGUUAAAUUGUUUCCACUCAGUACCUGAUCUACGAAGAUUCGAAGCAUGGUGGGUUUUCCGUAAUGUUGACCAAGCACCUCCAAAGAUCAUUGCAAACCUAUCGACCAGUGUACCCCAAGUGACUCAUUAUCGAUAUUAUGCAAAGCAUGACUCAGUUGAGAAAGCAUUCACUUUAACGAUUACUGAUGUUCAAGUCAAUGAUACUGGACAAUACUACUGUGAGAUGUUUCAGGUCGCGCCUCCACCAAGCGGUAAAAGAAUUGGCAAAGGAACAAUGCUAAGUGUAACAGCUCCUCCUUCUCUUUGGCUAUUUGCAUCUUCUAAAGAAACAUCUUCUUCACCUUCAGCUACAAUCAACUGUUCAGCACACAAUUUUUAUCCAGACACUAUUACAAUGAUGUUCCAAACAACCUGUCUCAUCAACCAGCUCACCAACGAAAUCCAGACAUCUAACCCUGAUGGAACGUACAACCACAUGGCCAUUGUUAACAUCUCCACUGAAAACUGCAAUAACUCAAAUGAAUUCACUUGUAUAAUUCAGCAUCCUGCUUCACAAUUCAAGAUAAACCGUACCAUCCUCAUUCAUGUACACCCAAGAGGUGAAGAUCGUAAUGGACAUCUUUGGAUGCUGUCAUUCAUUUUACUUUCCAUUUGUGGUGGAAUAGCAUGUAGUAUUCUUCUUGUGCUUUGUCUCAUAAAAUACAUACAUGGAAGAAAAAGAACUCAAGAACAAAAUGGAAAUUGUGCAAGUAAUCGAAGAUUGCAUUGUAGACAAGAUAGCAUCGUAAAUGAUGAGAGCAGUGGGAAUAAUAUAUAUUAUGCAGAACUGCAACUGGAAAACUUACAGCAGAAAGUAAGGAAAAAGGAAGAGAAGAUUGUCUACAGUUCAGUACUUUACUUAAAUUCUGGUGAAUAGGACAUGCAGGAAAUAUUGACAUGGAUCAUUGUUUAUCUUGUUUAAGCUUUUUCAAUUGGAAUUUGAAAUAAA